UACGCAGCCAUAUCUGGAACCGGAGCUAGAGUAGGAGCCGAAAACAGAGGGCUAGAGCUGACAGUUUUUUGCAGGAUGUCCUCAGACGAAGAGAAACCUUCAGUUGCAGCAAGAGAACCUGAUCCAGACAGUUCCGUUUCUUCAGAUCUCCAGACCGAAUAUGAAGAGCUUCUUCGAUAUGCUGUGGUGACACCGAAGAGUGAUACAGUUGCCUCAAGGCAAUCUUACUCCAAGUUACUGGGGGGAACAGAUGACAAGAUAUUGAAUGCUGAAGAGCCACAUACUUCAGGAAAGGGCCCUACAGGAAGAGAACACAGAAUUGAACCUGGAAGAAUUAAAGAAAUCAAUAGUUCAAGUAUUUCCAAAGCAGAAGUUCCAUCAUUUUCACCAUCAAAGAGAUCCAGUCAUCCAAUCAUGGACUUUUUCAGCUCACAGCAUUUCAAUGACACUUCCUCACCAGGAACUUCUAGUCCCAAGGAAAAAGAAUGUGGUGAAAAAGUUUUAACUGAAUCAUUUAUUACUGAUGAAAACCUUCGAAAGAUAGAAAGCAUAAUUGAACUCUGGUGUUCAGGUCUUAAGAAAAAUGUUCUUGCUGAACUAAGCAAAUGGAAACUUAAUUUUAUUGAUUGGCAUAGAGCAGAAAUGAAAAAAGAGAAGGAUAAAAGUACAACACAGUUGGAAAAAUUGCAGAACCAAGUAGAUGACUUGACUGAGCUGCAGCAGACUUACGAAACUUCAGCUGGGAGAAAAGAUGAGGUAAUUUCUACCUUGACUGAAGCUUCAACCAAGCAGAAGGAAAGAGCAGAUGUAUUGAAAAUAUUCUUCCACUGGCGGAUUGAACACCUCAAGGCCAAACAGGAGAUAUAUGAAGCUAAGCUAGCUGACCAGCACUAUAACAGAGCUUUGUUGAAGAGAGUCUGGAAGGCCUGGCGCUCCAUACUGCAAUCACACUGGAAAAAUACAUUCGAAAGAGCUUGUCAAACCAGAGCUGAAGAAAUUUGUUUUCAGAUUUCCAGGGAUUAUGAAACUCAAAUUGUAUCAUUAAAUGAUGCUUUGGAAACUGCAAAAAGUGAGAUCCAAAAACUCCAAUAUGAAAAGGAUCAAUAUCAAGAGUCCUUGAAAAAAGCUUUCAUGCGAGGCGUGUGUGCAUUAAAUCUAGAAGCCUUGAGUAUCUUUCAGAGUAGACAUGACAAUGGAUCAGAGAGCACAAAUAAGAAAGAUGACUAUGGCCCCGGUGGCUCAGGGAAAGAUGGUCCUCUUCAUUUUGAUCCUUCACUUCUCUCAGUAGCAACUCUAGUACCAAGAGCAUCAGUAUCAGCACAGCCAUUAUCUCAGGCACCAUCACACAUACCAUCACAGGUACCAUCACAGAUACCAUCACACUUACAUUCACAGGGACCAUCACAGGGACCAUCUCAGGUACCAUCACACUUACAUUCACAGGGACCAUCACAGGUACCAUCACAGGGAUCACCAAAUUUACAUUCACAGGGACCAUCACAGGUACCAUCACACUUACAUUCACAGGGACCAUCACAGGUACCAUCACACUUACAUUCACAGGGACCAUCGCAGGUAACAUCACACUUACAUUCACAGGGACCAUCACACUUACAUUCACAGGUAACAUCACAGGGACCAUCACACGGAACAGCAGUAAAAGAAGACAUGUUUGAGCCGAAAGUUGUGACAUCUGUUCAACAGAAGGCAGGAAGAACAAUUACAGCUCGAAUAGCAGGAAGAUCUGAUUUGCCUCUGAAAGGCAGUAGAAAUUGUGGCGGUUUAGCAAUAAUGGGAGUCUUGCCUCCCAUGAGUUCUGUUGUUAUAGAAAAACAUCAUCCAGUCACACAGCAAACCAUUCCUCAGGCUCUUGCAGCAAAAUACCCUCGAACUGUACACUAUGAAACAAGCAGUACGUCGUCAAGACACCCAGGACACAGUGGAAAAGCAUCUGCCCAAGCUUGUCACUCCAUAAAGGUGGUUGACUAAAUUGAAUGUAGGUAUUUAUAGAAAGGGAUGAUUUUUGUUCACUUUCUGAUUUCCCGUGCUGAAAAACUCCUAUUCCUAUGGAUGUGCUAUCGUGGAACUUCCUGGUAAUGCUUAGGCUGGCACAGCAGAACUCUGGAUAACAUCAUGUUCACCUUUUUAUGAUCAUCCAAAGACUGAUUCAAUGGAAAAAUUAUUUCAAGGAAAGUAAAAUAUCCUUUGUAACUUU